AUGCUGUUGCUGGGUUGCAUACUAAGCGUUUUAUUGCACGUCGCAGCCGGCUUCACAACUAGCCUUUCCGGAAAAUGGUCAGUUAUUAGUGCAAAUUAUCAAUCAACGCAAAAUGUACAUGGCGGUUGGGAUAUGUAUUCCGCCUUCUAUGAUGAAAAGAGCUUUGGAGAUCCACUCGAGGGGUACAGAGAUAUUGAAUCGAGGUGGCUGGCAAAAAGGAAUUGGACUUUUAUACACAAAUUUUCUUGGCACAGAGACCAGCGGGAUUUUCAUUCCCUAGAACUGUAUAUCGAUGGCAUUGACGGAUUUGGUUGUCUCUUCAUCAAUGAUCGUAAAUUAUCCUGCCUUGACAACAGUUUUCUUAACGAAUUUUGGCGCAUAGAUGGCCUUGUUAAGGAUGGUGCUGAAAAUAUUCUACGAAUUGAAUUCAAGUCCUCAAUUGAAACGGCAAUGCAAAUAGCCAAUUCAAUCAGGCGACAUGGUGACAAUAUCCCUCCUCCUGAUUGCUGGCCCAAAUCAUAUCGUGGCGAAUGCCAUGUGAACUUAAUAAGAACUACCCAAGCGUCUUUUGGAUGGGAUUGGGGCCCGGCAUUUCCUAUCCAGGGAUUUUGGAACAUCCCAAAGCUAGUCUACUCACGUUACGGUAUCCGUCUUGGAGAAGGGUUCAAAUUUUUUUCUACCUACAGGCAGCGAUUUGAUGGAGAGAGCUUAUGGUACGCUGAUGUCCUCAUAGAAGUCAGACAAAUAGAUAACGUCGGUCUCCUAGAUGCAUGUCUUCUUCUUGAUUUAUUAGAGAAGCCCAACGUCCAUUUAAGACGGUGCUUUCAUAUGGGUAGUCAGCCUUCAAAACUUGAUGUUCAUGCUGUUCUUCUUGAAGGUGAAACUGACAUCACGCCAUGGUGGCCAAAUAAUAUAGAAACAGGGCCUCAUGUAUAUACGUUGAGGGUCCGACUUGUUGGCCCUAGUGAUGAACUCUUUGAUGAGGCCAAGCACGACGUUGGAUUCAGGACGGUCGAACUUAUACAACUCAAAUGUGAGCUCUAUUAG